CAGUGAGGGUGGGGAGAAUGAAAGGGCAAAGUGCCCUCUUGCCUGGAGCUCCCUGUCAGUGCAGUGUGUGCUUCGGAGAGUCUGUGAACAGCCACCACUUGAUCCUUCAUGUUUACAAUGGCUUUGGAGAAGGUAUCUGAGUUAAAAGAAGAGGCUUCAGAAAUUGGGCUUUACCUGGUGUAACUGUGCAGCUGCUGAUGUAAAUUCCACCCGCACAAUGGAAGUGCAUGAAAACUUGUGCCAUCAAAAAGGGGAAAAGAACUGCACAGAAGCGACCCAGUCAGAACACUUCACCAAAUGUGAAGAAAAAUACACAAACUACUGUGUUGAAGGAAGCUGUCGUUUCUUUGUGAGUGAGCAGCAACCUUCAUGUGUGUGCAAAUCUGGUUUCGUUGGUUCCAGAUGUGAGCUGGUGGAUAUCUUAUUUCAGAAAGAAGACCGUAAUCACAUUAUCAUCGGCCUGAUUUUGGCACUGGCGAUAUUCAUCAUCCUGAUAGUAAUCAUAUUUAUUUGUGUACAUCGGUCUCACAGGAAACGCAAAGAAAGGAAUAAGCGAGAGGAAGUGGAGACUUUGAACAGCGGGCCUCAAGAUGAAACACCAAGUAGAAAUGUGGAGACUUCAGUGACUGGUUGUGCUUGAGACUUUCUCCGAGAUACCUGCAACCCUCCAGAAGCCCUGUAAACCGAAGAGUUUGCUGCCCAGACUGAGCUCCUUGGGGCCUGUGAAAUAUGGUUGACACCAUACCUAGAUUUUAAUAGACCCCAUUCUCCCACCACCCCACUACCCCCAAAACACAAUUAUGUUAGUUCAGAGUUUGCAUGGAAUCAGGGAUCUGGAGUUUGCCUGGGCGCUAGAAGUGGCUUUAAAUUAUGAGUUCCAGAAUGUAAACAAAGCCUCACAUUUUCCUACCUGGAAUAGUGUGAGCUAGAUGGCAUCAGGAACCAUGCAUUGGAUACUACAUUGGCUGCCAUUUCCCACUGUUUAACUGAGUCUCAAAUGCACAUGCCUGAGAAAUCCCAGGCCCCUGCACACAAGACCGGUGGAGCUAUUGGCAGGUCAGGGUUGCUAUCAGACCCUGUAACCAUAUGGGUGUGUGGAGAUGUCCCAGAAGAUGACCUUAAACACGGUAUAUUACAUUUAAUAAGAUUUACAUCAAUUUCUCUUAAAAAAAUACAAAUAAACUUAUUAAGUUUUAAAGGAAUCUUAACGGUUGCUAAAACUUAUGCUAUUUGUACUUCACCGAUGUUGACUCAUGAAAUACUGCUCACUGUAAGGACUGUAAAACAGUGUGUUUUGAAGUAGAAAAGGAUUUCACUACAUAAACUGGUGAUUUGAAUGGACUGCACGUCAGCAGUCCUGGACUUCCUAUUGCCACAUCUGGAUGCCUUUCCAAGAAUGACGAUCUUUAGGCAGUGGACAGUGCUCAUUAGAUCUGUUUUCAACAAGAGUGAAAGCCAAAGCAUACUUUGCUUCAAGAGCCCAGCUUGAAAAUGCUGCUUUGGGUGCACCUUUAUACCUGAGGAAUUUAACUUGCUGCACAUGGUCUCCUACUGAAUAUAUAACACACUUAUAGUCAAAUGGCUCAGAAAGCGCUGUUUUCAUUUGACACGUUUCUUGAAGUAAACUUAGUUUGCAAACAAUGGUACUUGUUUAAAAUCAAUAAGGCUGAAUAUGCUACUUGACGAUAAACUGACUGACUAUAGGGUGAAACAAAGCAAAUUUGAGUAUCAAAGUCGGCUAUAGUAGUGCGGCCACUUUAAUACCCAUUUGGCCUUUAACUGUCUUUCCAGUCAGAUUAGUUGAGAAGAGUCAGGUAUAUGUUUCAUUUUGGGUGUGUGUUUUUGGAGUAUGAAAUUGUUAUAUUAUUUAAUAAAUGAUUCUCUUACUUUGUUUCUAAUGCAA